CCGGUCGUGAUUGCGUCAGGAUGGCGGGGGCUGCAGUCAAACUGACUGAUGAGUUUUUGAGAUGUGCGAUAUGCACUGAAAUCCUACAGAAGCCAUGCACGCUUGUGUGUUAUCAUACCUUCUGUCGGAAAUGUGUCGUCAACUACACGAAAACCAAACCAGAUGCCAUCAGUGCCAAGUCUCUUCUCUGUCCAUUCUGCAGCAAGAUGACGAAAGUGUCUGACCCUGAGAAACCAGUGGAGGAGUGGGCGGAUGACGUCAAGCCAAGCUUUGUCAUCCAGGGACUCUUGGAUUCGUUUGGCCCAGGCUCCAACGGCAUGACGAACUGUGAAUUGUGUGAAGUAACAGGGGACUUAACUCCAGCCGUUUCUUGGUGCUCUGUUUGUGAUGACGCUCUUUGUGAAAGAUGUGUGGCGAUGCACAAGCGGAUCCCUGCAACACGAAACCAUGACGUCACCCUCCUUUCAGGCGAUGUCAAGGUCAAACAGAGGAAGAAGGUCAUGUGUGAGGAGCACAAAAGUGAAUGUAUAGAAUUUGAUUGCAAAGAUUGCAAGAAAGCCAUUUGUCAGAAGUGUUGCAUUGUUUAUCACAGGAAAUGUUCUUCUGUUGUAACACUUGAGUCCGAACUGUCUGAGAUCAAGUCUUCAUUAACAAGAAACAAAGGCUCUCUACUGACAAGACUCCAGGGGAAAACAGAUCAAGUUGAGAAACAGAAAUUAAAAGUGGUUGAAUUAUCGGAUUCUUCAACUGAAAUUGAAUCGCAAAUUCGGGCUUCCUGUAACGAAAUCAGAGACAGGAUUAACCAGAAAGAACGGACACUUAUAAACAAAAUGAAAGACGUUGCCGGAACUCACAUUGGGCAACUGAAAGCCGACAUCAAGUCGGGAGAGAUGUCAAUCCAGAUGUACCAACAAGAGGCUGAGCUGAUAGACCAGAGUCUUGGGACUGAGUGUCAGGUGGACAUGUACCGAAUGUCUCAGUGGUUUGCGGAAGAGCAUGAGGAAACAGCCGGGGAUGGAACCGCGAAAGAUGAAGAGACGAUUGACGGUUUCAAAUUUACACAGAACACAACGGAGAUUAAUAAGGCAGUAGACGAUCUACGGCUGGGGGAGAUAGAUGUCCUGUAUAAGAAUACCCUGAAAUUGAAUGUUCCUCUUGUGUUACUAGACACGAUUAGUGUCAAGGUACCAGGUGACCAGGAUACACCCAAUCCUGUUGAAGUUACUGUGGUGCUUGUUGAUGACAUUUACACAGUUGUAGUUACAGACAUGAACACCAAAUGUGUAAAGUCAUUUUACACAAGGAAUAAUCAGAUUUGCCACAGUAGGGUUGCUGUACAAGGUAGACCGUGGAAUCUGACCAAACUGAAACACAACCAAGUGGCUGCCUCUGUCCUUGACACGAAAAACAUUGUAACAUUUGAAGUCAACCCUGACCUGGUGCUGCUGUCAGUCAUCACAACCAACAGACAGUACUAUGGUUUAACGUCGCUGACACAAUCAACACUUGCAGCAGGUUGCACGUCUCCUCCUUGUGUUGAUAUCCUGGAUGUGACAGGAAACGUACUGAGGUCAAUUAGUCCACUCCAUAUGGGUAAGAACACAUUGAAAUCACCCUACUUCCUCUCCACAACAACAACAGGCAACAUCCUUGUGUCCGACGAAGGAUCACAGUGUAUCAUCUGUGUGAACCCGAAGGGAGAUCUGCUAUUCAUGUUAACCAAUACGGGAGACAGAAAGUUCGAAAAACCUCUUGGUAUUACAAGUACCGGCACUAGUGAGAUUCUGGUAACAGACCGCGCUUUGGGCAGUGUUAUCCAACUUAAUGAAUCAGGACAAUUUGUUAGAAAAAUACUGACACUACAGGAUGGAGUACAGGAUCCAUAUGGAGUAUAUGUAGACGGGCAAGGUCGUUUAUACAUUUGUCUUUGUUCUAGAGGAGUUAUCAAGGUGUACUCCAGUACAUCAAGAAACUGAAUUGGUAAUAGGUGGAUCAGUUCAUACAAGGAAUACCUGCUUCGUUGAAACUAAAUGUGAUGGAAUAGGUUGCUCCUGGUCAGGAAGAAUGAUCGAACUGAUUUAGUGAAGGACACUUACGACCCAAUCAUUACUGACAAGGAAUAACAAGUAUUUAUCCAGAUAGAAUCAUUUCUGUCGUUAUUAUUAUGCCACUAUUAUCUAUAUAACCGUUCAUAAAGUAUUAUUGCAAAUACCAUGGGCUAAGAAUAUGGCUCAUUAUUUACUGCAUUGCCAAAAGUAUGUAAAUCAUGUCAGGCAAUGGUGGAGUCUCUAACAGUUAGGAGAUAAACCUACUGUGUUUUAAAAUUUGAUGUAGUCCCACUGUAGAAUAGAUACCACUUUAUUAUAAUUUUGAACCGAGCGCUUUAGCUUUAGCACGAGGUUCCAAAUUAUAAUAAAGAGGUAUCUAUUCUACAGUGGGACUACAUCAAAUUUUAAAACACAGUAGGUUUAUCUCCAUUCUACCAUGACGGCAACAACGCUUUGAAAACGGCGCUCUCUUGCAACGCGUAAUAACACAGGUGCACAUGUCCGCAAUCCUAGAACAUUCCGAAAAGUGGUCACAGGUAGUUAUAUAUGUAACAAUUAUUACUAAAGUUCAAGAUUAAAAACACCAUAUAGUCGUGAGUAGUUCAUAAUAAGUGUUCAAAACACAUAGUUUUUCAAAAGAAGUUGACAAAUAACACUCCUAACUUAGUCCAAAGAGAUGUUUUACUUUCCACGAAACUGUUGUACACUGCUGUACACUGUAGACUGGCUGUGAUAUCUCGGAAUGUUGUGGGGGCGGUCAUUUCUUGGAAAUCGAACAUGCCAUCAUUUCUAUUGUAGGGGUGACGGGUAAUAGAAAAAGGUUUUAAAAUGCUAAACGAAUAUAUUUCUACAGCAAACUUUAUGAAUUAACAUUCCAUUAUA